AUGACCUGCGUCUGCCGUUUCCGUUUCUUUUCUCACGCUCUCCGCAUGGCCCUGCGCUCGCUUUCCCCCCCGUCCUCUCCCCGUUUCAAGCAGUUAGGGUUCCUGGCAGAGCUAUCAGGCUCCCGGCGCUACGCGAACAACGACCUCCUGCCCAACUUAGGAGGAGCUUCCGGUGCCGCUGACAUGCAGUUGGGAGGAGCGGCAGACGAAGACGACGGCGGGCUAUUCGGAAAUCAAGGGAUGGAAUUAGACGUGGAGAAGAUCCUAGGGCCCGCAGCAGAGCUUUCCACUUCCCUGGGAUUGCCGGCGCUGACGAGGCGAGCGGCGCAGGGGGGAGGGGGGUCGGUGGAUUUCGGGGGGGAGUUGGACGAUGACGCCCAGUCGUCGUUCUCGCUGAACCGCGCGGAAGAUGCUGCUGCUGGGUCGUUCGUGGGGUCGCACCUGCUUGAAGGGCUCGCUCCCGUGGGUAGCAACUGGGAGGACGUGGAUGGGGAGGACAAGAAGAGGAAGCGACGGAAGAAGAAAAAGAAGAAGAAGAAGGAGAGGGAGAAGGAGAGGAAGAAGCAGUUACAGCAGCAGCAGGAACAGCAGCAAGCAGGGCCGAUGUGGCAGGAGCAGCAGCAGCAGCAGCAGCAGACACCGCUGCCCCAGCCGGCCCAGCAGGCCCAGCAGCGACCCCGGCUGCAGCGGCAGCUACAAAUGAGGGUGCAGGUGCCACCAGACGACCAACUAACGCCGCCGCCGCAGCUGCAGCCGCCGCCGCAGCAGUGGGUGAAACAAUCCCCUUCUGGCGACUCCCAAGCAGGGGGAAGCAUGGAGGACGGGUUUGCAGAGAGCAGGGGAGGGCCGGGGGGCAGCAGGGCAAGCCGAGGAUCAGACGGUAGCAGCACGCCCCGGACCAACGAUCUCAUCGGGCAAGAUUCUCAGUCGCUCGUGUCCCCUGCACGAGCAGCUGCGGGAGCCGUUGCUGCCGCUUACUCCCGCCACAGGCGCCCGGGGGGGCGGUUGAGUGAACCCAGGGACGCGGCGGGUGCAGCAGCAGGCGGAGGGAACAGCGUGGAGGCUUCGGUUGUGGCUGUUGUGGAAGGGCAGUACGGGAGGGAGAAGGAUGGAGCUCACACGCCCAGGCAAAGAAGCGGGGCUGAAGGGGGAUUCGCUGUACGGAGAACUGGUAGCGGUGUGGAUGUUGCCCAUCCUGCUCUUGCUGGUGGUUCGGAACAUCCGGGUUACCGCCCCGCUCUUGGCGGCAUGAACACUACCGCUGGAGGGGGUGCUAUGGUGGGUGUGACCAGUGGCGCGUCUUCUCAAUCUGGGUACACUGUGGAUUCUGCUGCCGCCACUGCUGGCGUCACGGCAUCAGGCGCAGGUGCAGGGGAGGAGGCUGUAGGCACUCCCAGACUGAUGAGAUCACGAGUGGUCCGACAGUCCUCCUCUGUUGCGUCCCUGUCCUUUGAUGAGAUAGCAGAGGAGGCUGUGCAGAGUGCAGAGCGCGAACGGCAGCAGCAGCAGCAACAACAGCAGCAACAACAGCAGAAGCAGCAACAUCAACAGCUACCCCAGCUGCAGGAGGAAGGGACACUGACGGGGUCACCAACGUUUGGCAUGUUGGUUGUUGAGGGUGCCUCGGAUGACCCGAUAAAGGUAAGGGACGGUCCGCCAGACGGGGGGGUGAGUCCCGUGCCUGUGAAGUCGUCCUUCUCACGCGGGUCAGGGCCUCGCUGGGACGAGCUCUCAGACCUUGGCACUGUGCGGGGCAAGCUGGAGCUGGGAGCAGCGCGGCAAGGGGUUAGAGAGCCGUUGGGAGGAGACGCCUCUGAUGCCUCGAGGGACGGUGCUGGUGGUGCAGCGGACGAGGCUCGGAUUGGUAUGGGCCAGAGUGAGAGUGAGAAGGAAGUGGAAAGGGGGUCGUCUGCAGCGGGGAGUGUUGCUGGUGGGCAGGACGUGGGGGGUGGGUUGCGGGAGCAUGAGAGGCAGCGGGAGAAGAUGCGGGAGCUGGUGCGGGAGAGGGCCAAGGCACGCAUAGAGAAGCGGGAUAAGGAGAAGGAACGGGCGCAGAGAGAGGUGGGGGGGAGAGAGAGGGAAGGGUCAGAGGAGGAGCGGAGGCAGAAGGAGAGGGAGAGGGAGCUGAGGAAGGAGAGGGCACAGGAGCGCGUGAGGGAGAGGAUGAAGGUGCGAGGGUUCGACAGCGGUGCGAGUGACGCAGAUGGGGCGUCCAGCGUAGGGGGCAGCAGCAGAGCAGGGGCGACAUCGUCAGCAGCAGGAGCGGGAGCGGCAGGAGUAGGCGCAUUGCCACUGCCACCAGGUGUGGCGGACCGCUCAGGACUGGAAAAAGACCUGCUUGCUCCGCCGCUGCCCAAGCUCUUCUCUGGGCCCACAGGGGCGGGGUAUCCAGAGAGAAGCGGGGUGGCAGGUGGAGGGGCAGAUGAAGGGGUUCUGCCACCACCCCCAUCGCACAUGGACAGACUGAGGCGCGGGCAGAGCGGUGAGAGCUCUGCUGGCGCUACAGUAGGUACUGCUGGUGCUGCUGGUGGUGCUGGUGGUGCCGGUGCUGGUGCUGGUGGGAGCUUUGGAGUGGCAGGUGCAGGGAGUGCACGGCCUAGACGUGGGAUACUUAGCUUGGUGCAGAAACCAGGAGAGGAUGAUUCUUCGUCGGUUUCAGCACGGGAGAGAGUGCGGGAGAGGGAGCGAGAGAGGGAGAGGGAGAGACUGGAGCGGGGUGAUGCGAGGAGGGACACGGGGAGAGGGGAGGGAGACACGGUGCAAGGGCGAGGAGGCGUGGUGUGGGGCCUGCCUGCUGACGGCGACCCAGGCACCAUUGCAGCAGCGGCGGCUGCUGCGGCUGCAGCAAGGGGUCUGAGCAGCGCAGAUGCUGGUGUGGGCGAGAGGGAGAGAGACGACGGGCCUCCUUCCCCUGCGUCCAGCGGUCGAAGUGGGAGCAGGAGGGGCAGUGCAAGGGAGGGCGGUGGCGGAGGCAGGGAUUAUGGCCCUGGGCCAGGCAGUAUGGAUGGGUCGGAAGGGUCACGAGGAGGGGCGGUCCCUGGAGCAGGGCUGGUCACAGGAAUCCCCGGGCAGGGGUAUGGACAAGCGUAUGGGCAGCAGCCGUAUAGGCAAGUACCAGGGCUGGUUUCGGGGCAAGUUUCUGGUUACGUGCCAGGGCAGAGACGGGACGAGCAGGGGAUGGGUAUGGACGGGGAUUCAGGGGGUGGAGAGCGGUGGCGGGGUGUGCGUGACGGGAGUUUUGUGAGGGACGUUUCUGUGGGGGCCGCGUUCGGGCCUGGUGGCGGCAGCAGCAGUGGCGGGACAGACUAUGCGGCUGCGUAUCCGCUUGCACGGCAAGGCUCGGGGGGUGUUCUGAGCGGGGGAGUAGGAGCGGGAGCUCAACCCAUUGCCCGACAGGGAUCAGCAGGCGCGUUGAAUGGGCUUGGAGGGCCCAUGGGUGGGAGCUACUACGACCUGGUGGUUCAGCAGAGGGCCAACGCGGCCGCCAUGGCGGGUUCAGGGCCGUAUGGGGGAGUGGGUCCAGGCACGUAUGGUGCUGGUGCUGCCGGUAUGGAUAGAUACGGAGCUGGGGACGCUGGUGGUGGUGGUGGUGUUGCAGGGGGGAUGGGAGGGGUGCCAGGGGUUGGAGGGCGGUACGGAGGAGUGGCAGCAGGCGUGGGUGCGGGGUACGGUGCGGCAGGAAUGGGUGCAGGGUAUGGUGCGGCAGGCAUGGGUGGAGGGUACGGUGCAGCAGGGCAAGGCAGCUACACGGGGUACAGGCCAGGCUUGGGUCUGCCGGGAGCAGCAGCGGGAGGGAGAGCAGGCAUGGGGGGGGUAGGAGGACUUGCUGGUGGGACGUAUGGCUAUGGGUAUGGUGCCGGGUUGGGGCCUGGGGUUGGUACUGCUGUCCCGGGCGGAGUCCCUGGCGCUGCUGCUGGUGGCGUCGACGGCAGUGGUGGUGGUGGUGGUGCAGGCGAGACGCGUGUAGAGAUGGAGCACAGAGUACAGGUGGUAGCCAAGGUAGCAGACUGGCUGGUGAGUGCGGAUAUGGACGCGCCACCGCCCAGCCACGUGUCUCUGGGCGCGCGUGACUCGGAGUAUGGUGUCAGUGCAGAGCUAGAGGAUGAGUCCCUCGCAGGGUCAAUAGGCGAGGGCCUGCGGCGCCCCAUGUCCCCCAUGCGCGGUCGCGACCCACCUGUCCGCAUCCCCCUCCCGGCUUUUCGACGAGCAGGGGAUGGGUCUGGUGCGGGUGCGGGUGCGGGAGGGGGAGGUGCGGGUGGGGCAGGUUCAGCAGCCGGGAGGUAUGGGGCUGGUGCGGGGGUGCGUGUGCCUAAGGGCUAUGUGCGGAAGCCGUAUGUGCCGUAUUGGAGGCGGGAGGCAGCAGGGAGCAUGCCGGAAGAGGAUGGGGAGUCUGGGAGCUAUACCGGCGGGGGGGAUGCAGCAGAGGGUGGGGGGAGAAGAGGAGGCGGUGCUGCUGGGAGCAGCGCUGGCAGUAGUGCUGCUGGUGGGGGUGGGUAUGGGGGCGGGUAUGGGGGUGGUGGGGGCGGGUACGGGGGUGGUGGGGGCGGGUACGGGGGUGGUGGGGGCGGGUAUGGGGGUGGUGGGGGCGGGUAUGGGGCUCGUGGGGCCGGAUAUGGCAGUGGUGAUGGGGGGAGUGGUGGAGGGAGGAUGAGUGGGGCGAGUUCGGCACUAAGUGCUGGUCUCUGGAAGCGAGACCCUGCUCUCAAGCCCACAGUGGUGCGAGGCGCGGUGGGGCAGGCUAACAAGUACACACCCAAUGUGAAGCCCAGGCCCAUGCCCGCCCCACCCACAGCCCAGGAAGGAGAUGGGGCCACAGAGAGCAAGCAGAGCGAGAGGCACGCACGCAGUCGGGACGAUGUGAGCCAGAGUAUAGAGGCUGGGCGCGUGGGUGAGAUGGUGGAGAAGAUUCUGAGUGGCAAGCUGGGUAAGGAGGGGCGGUUGAGCGAGGAGGACGAGGAGGAGGAGGAGGAGGACUAUGAGGAGGAGGAGGGAGGGUCGGAGGAGGAGAUGGGGGAAAUGGAGGAGACGGGUGAGAAGAGGGAGACGGGGGAGAGAGGUGAGGGUCGUACAGUGGGUGCUCGGAGAAGGGUGAGACGUGGCAGGGGGAAGGUGCAGUUGAAGGGAAUAAAGGAGCUGGGGAGCAGGGAUGGUGAGGCUGGGAGUGACGGUGAGGGGAGCGAGGGGAGUAGGGAGGAGGAAGAGGAGGAAGAGGAGUGGGUGAAGGGUGAUGGAGGGAAGGGGCGGUUGAGAAGGGGCAGAGACGGAGGCAGUAGCAUUCGAGCGAUUAAGGAGAAAUUGGCACGAGGAAGUGCAGGGGCGAAGAGAAAGGACGAAGGACUUGAUGAUGCUGGGGCAAGGCCUGGUUCACAAGAGGACAAGAAACCGGAAGAGGACAAGAAAUCAGAAGAGGACAAGAAACCAGAAGUGCCACCUCCACCACCUCCCGCUCCUGCUCCACCCCCUCCUCCUCCCCCUCCCCCUCCUCCCCCCCCGGCUCUACCUGACAAACCUGCACCCGCUCCUCCGCCCCCACCCCCUGGUCCCAAGGGCAAGGGGCCUCCCCCUCCCCCGCCUAUGCCCAAGGGCAAGGGUCCCCCUCCCCCGCCCCCGCCUGGAGGCAAGGGGAAGUUCCCCCCGCCACCUCCCCUGGGGGGCAAGCGGGGUGGGCGCGCCAUAGUGAACUGGAACCCUGUGAAUGCCGGCGAUGACUCCAUCUGGAAGGGCAAGCUAGACAUUGGCGUGAACAUAGACAUAGGAGAUUUGAAGAAGGAGUUUGAGGGCAAGAAGGUCGAGGCACCCAAGCCGCUCAAGACCGUUGCUCCCAAGAAAGUCAAGAUUCGCCUUCUGGACGAGAAGAAGGGGCGGAACAUGGAGAUCGCACUGCGCAGCAUCAAGAAGGACCCCCGCGACCUCGUCCGCUGUCUGCUGACGUUGGACGCGGCAGCAUUGGGCGAGUCAACAGAGUCGUUUGUGGAGACGCUGCUCAAGUACCAGCCCACGCCCGAGGAGAACAAGCUGCUCAAGGGGUACAAAGGCGACUUUGAUGAGCUAGGGCCAGCCGAACAGGUGUUUCUGCUGCUGCUGCCAGUGGAUCGUCUGGAGGUGAAGCUCAAAGUGCUGCGCUACCGCAUCUUCCUCUCCGAACGGAGCAAGGGGCUGCUAGACACACUGCAGUUUGUGAUCUCCGUCUCAGAAAAGGUGCAGCAGUCGACGCUGCUGAAGACGGUGCUGCUGGUGAUUCUUAAGAUAGGCAACAUGCUCAACGAGGGCACCAGCAAAGGGCGAGUGGAGGGCUUUGCGGCAAAGGACUUGAAGCAGGUGGUGCGCACCAAGGGCCUCAUGGCUUACCUCAUCAAGGUCCUAGGCGAGGGGCAACCUGAGCUGCUGACGUUCUGGAAGGAGUUUUUUGUGGGGUCACGGAACCUGCUGGAAGAAGCACGCAAGGUGGAGUUUGGCGCGCUUCAAGAGGCUGUGUCAGAGGUUGAAAAGGAGGCUGCGGCUGCUAAGAGAGAGCUGGCUGCUGUGGACAAGCAGAUGGAGCAGGAGAGAGAGCGCAGGGAGAAGCUGGAUGCGGAGAGGAAGGCGGAGGAGGAAGUGGAGGAGGGGGAGGAGAAGGAGGAGGGGAGUGUGGAAGGGUUGAGUGAGGAGGAGAGGAGUCGGAAGGAGGAGGAGAGGAAGAAAAAGGAGGAGGCGAAGGCGAAGAGGGCAGAGGAGGCAGCUGAGGCAGAUCAUAAGGGCAAGGAAUUGGCGUCAAUGCACGAGGCCCUGGAGUUUUUUAUCAGCAAUGAGGUGGAGCCAGUGCUGUCGCAGCUGCACGACCUGCACUCCCAAAUGAAGGAGACAACAGCCUCCCUGUCACGCUACUUUGGAGGAGAUGCCAAGACCGCUCCUUUCACACUCAUUGCUGAGGUGCUGAGUGAUUUCAUCGCCAAGUUCCGAGCAGACGUGGCGGACUAUGAGAAGAAGAAGAAGGCCCUGGAGGAGGAGCAGAGGCGCAAGAAGAAAGCAGCGGAGGAGGAGCAACGCAAGAGGCAGGCGGAGCUGCUCAAGGAGCAGCAGCAGGCAGAGCUUCUCAGCCGCGUAGCUUCCAGCAGAGAGGGCUUGCUGGAGGCCGUUAGUAGAGGCGACAAGGCCGCUGCUGCUGCAAUGGCAGAGGAAGAGGCGGAGGAGAAGGAGAAGGAGGAAGGUGGAGGGGUGGCAGGCGGGCGGGCAGCUUCUCUGUCGCGAGCAGCGGUGGUAGCGGCAACCAUGGCUGGAAGGCGCAGUGCCAUGGAUGAUGGGUCUGAGUCAGAUGAUGACGAGGAGGAGGAUGAUGAUGCAGUGGUGGUGGCAUCGCAGCCAUCGCAUGACAGUGUGGGGUCGUCGAGAGCGUCAACGGCGGCUCUGCUGCGAGCGCAUGUGCAGCAACGCAGGGCGGUGGCGCUGUCGGAUGACAGUGAAGAGGAGUCGUCUGACGAGGACGUGCCACAGCAGCGUGCGGAGACUGCACUAGAUACCUGGAGCCGCGUCACAGCACCUUCCAGCUGGAUGGCUGGGAACACAGGAAAAAUUCGGUAUGGAGUUCAGGAGCGGCAGACAGCAGAGAAGCCAGGCGUCCGCGAGUCAUGGAAGACGGCGUCAAAACAAGCAGGCGCGGGGGGAACCGCAGCAGGGUUUCCUGCUGGCGCAUACAAUCCCAUAUCAGGAACGUUUCAUAAUAUCGCCGGGGUGAACCCAGAUGGUUCAGGGAAUUCGCAGAACGGACGGUAUCGGUCUUUUGAAGAAGGGGAUGACACGGCGGGAGGAACUCAGGAGAGCGAUGUUCUGUCCAACAGCGGGAGUUGUUCAGGGGAGUCGGAAGAUCAAACAGGGUUGAAAGGGCCCGGUGCCACGUCGCGAGACGGACAGCAGCAAGCCUCGGUGGCGGUCCCUGACAAGAAGGACAAGAUACGGGCCAAGAACGAGAAGAAACACCUUAGGCAAAAGGAGAAGAAGGCUCAGGAGUUGAGGGACAAGUGCACUGGGUUUCUCACCGCUCGGAAGCUCGAGAGUCUGGCGGAGCAGCUGGUAGCUAUGGGUUUCCCUAAGGACAAGUGCACGAUUGCGCUUAUCUGCAACGACGGCAACCUGGAACGGUCGGUCACGUGGUUGCUCGAGGGGCAGGAGAGCAACGUUCGAGACGCGAGCUCCGUGGGGAAUUUGAAGCUGGAUGUGUCGGAGGAGUUGGCGCGCAUGGCGCAGAUGGAGCGCGUGGAUGGGUACAACAGGACCGACAUCGAACGCGCUGUUGUGGCGUUCGAAGGGGACUUGGACAAGGCCGCUGUGUUUUUGCGGGAGAAGCACCGCGAGACGUUGGCCCAGCAGCAGCAGCAGCAGCAGCAGCAGCAGCAACAGCAGCAGCUGCAGCAGCAAGCGCAGCAGCAACAGCAGCAGCUGCAACAGCAAGCGCAGCAGCAGCAGCAGCAGCAACAGCAGCAACAGCAGCAGCAGCUGCUGCAGCAGCAACAGCUGCAACAGCAGCGUAGGGAGGCAGGUACCGUGAUAGCUGGCGUUGGCGUGUCCGCAGGCCCCACGAAGUUCUUAGGCAGAGGCGUUCCUCCAACGGGCGGGUUGUCCGGACCAGCAGGUCCUGUUGGCUAUGGCUACGGGCAUGGUCACGGUCAGGCGUCGGCUCAUCCCGGCGCUCAAAUCGGACAGCCUGCGCUGAUGGCGGCGGGCAUUUACCCUGGCCCGCCUGGUAGUGGGCUGAUGGGGAAUGCUCAAGAUAGAGAGGACGAUAGGCGCUAUGUCAACGGCCAGCACGUCGGUGGUGCGACGCACCAUCUCCCUCAGCAGCAGCAGCAGCAGCAGCGCGUGCUUCCUGGCAUGGGAUCGUCCGCGCACCGGCCGCUACAGCAGGGGUCAGUAGAUUCGGGAAAGAUGGUCGGAAACGCCGGGCCGUACGCAAUCAGAGCUGGUGCGGGGAUGGGCUUGGGAGGUCACCCGCAGGCCGCAUUUGCGAAGCACCAUGUGCAGCCGCCGCACCUGGCUCAGUCCGCUCCGCAGCAGCAGGUGCCGCACCAGGCGCAGCAGGUUCAUGGUGCACAGCAGCUCUACGGUCAGCAUCCGCAGCCGCAUCAACAGCAGGCAAUGCUCAUGCAGACCCAGGCUCAGCAGAAGCAGAUGCUCGCGCAGUCGCAGCCGCAAGGCCUUUCCCAACCGCAAGGGCCAUACUCGCAGCAGCGACAGGCGCAGGUUCAGCCGCCGCUGCAAGUCCAGCAGCAUCAGGCGCCGCAGCAUUCUCACGCCCAGCCGCCAGGGGAGCAGGCCUCGUUGCUGCAUUUGCAGCAGAAGCAGCAGCCUGGCCCCGCAACGAAACAACAGCAGCAGCACUCGCGUCAACCGCAGCCUAUUCCGCAGCAGCAGGCGCAAGCGUCGCAGGAAGCGCAGAAGCAACGCGAGCAGAAGCAGCGGAAUACGCACGAACCGGCGCAAGUGCAGGGCGCUCAAAAGCAGGAAAAGAAGCAGUCGCCUGCCACGACGCAGGGGCGGCAGCAAGCGGGCGUCGUAUCCCAGCAGCAGCAACCGCAGCAGAACCAGAGUCAGUCUUGGGAGGAUGCUGGCACAGCCCGUGGUACCGUCGGUCUUUCUGAGAAGCAAAAGCAGCAGCAGAACGUCGAGAAAGAGCCGCAGGGGCCAAUACCUGCGGGUCUUGGUCAGGCGUCUGGAGCGGGUCCGGGUGGGCAGGUCAGGCGCUCACCUGACGCGCACACGCAGCAGGCUGCCGCGGAGUUAGCUGCAGUGUCCUCGCAACUUAGCGGAAUGGGUGUGAGCAGCUUCCAGGCAGGGACUAACCAGGUGGUAACUGCGCAGGAUCCGUCUUCCAUUGCCAAGGGUGGGCUUUCAGGGACGCCGGGAGUGAGUCCUCCACCAGGUAACUUUGUGGCAGCUCAAGCAGCUAGUCUGCAGCAGCAGCAGCAGCAGCAGCAGCAGCAGCAGCAGCAGCAGCAGCAGGAGCAGCAGCAGCAGCAGCAGCAGCAGCAGCAGCAGCAGCAGCAGCAGCAGCAGCAGCAGCAGCAGCAGCAGCAGCAGCAGCAGCAGCAGCAGCAGCAGCAGCAGCAGCAGCAGCAGCAGCAGCAGCAGCAGCAGCAGCAGCAGCAGCAGCAGCAGCAGCAGCAGCAGCAGCAGCAGCAGCAGCAGCAGCAGCAACAGCAGCAGCCACAGCCGCAGCAGCAGCAGCCGCCGCAGCAGCAGCAGUCACAGCAUCAGUAUCAGCCGCAGCAACCGCAGCAGCCGCUUCCGCCAAUGCAGCAGGAGCAGCAGCAGCAGUUAAGGCCACUGGUUAGUGGUUCGCAGCAUCUGAAUUCCGGGUUUGGUGUUGCAAGCAACUCAAACGCGCUGCUGCCAACGGCGGGUGUUCCAAUUGCCUUCGGCCUGCUGAGCGGCCUGGGCGUCGCAGGUGGUGCGCAUGUGCGCCACUCCGCGGCCCCCAUGAUGCAGGCGCCUUCUCUGGGUUGGUCCGCUGCGGGUGCCAUUCCGCGUGGGCCCGCGGUUUUGGCUGGUGGGCCGCACGCGCUGUCCGAUGGAACUUGGAAGGGGCCCAUGGAAGCUGGUGCGGGUCUGCCUGCUACUCAUUCCGCGCCCAGCAUCUUUCCGGGUCAGCAGGGAGACCUGCUAGCAGCACAGCAUCAUGACCAGGGUCAGCAGCAGCAGCAGCCCGGAACGCAGCAGGCACAGCUGGCGCAGCAGCAGCAGCAGGCACAGCACGCGUGGCAGGUCAGGGGGGUGUCUGGGGCAGCAGGAGGAGUAGGCACGAACAUGUCUGGGGGCUGGAGCCCGUUCAGUGAGACCCCGGAUGGAUCUGACCUGUCUGGCAAGUCAGGCUUGGACCCUACCUCUGGUCUUCCCAUGGGGCUGGCUGCAAGCGCUGUGGCCUUCACUCCUGGUCAGCCGUACGUGCAGCAGAGGGCCGGGCCUGCUGGUGUGGCGAUUGGGUCGCGACAGAUGGGGGGUGUAGGCAGUGUCCCCCUGGAGUCCACUGCUUCUGGUGCCUCGUCUGGCCCGUCGUCCGAAUUGAUCCCACCCUGGGGCGCGUCCACCACUCUUGCUUCUGUUGACUGGAGCCUGUCCGGUGCGCCACUGGCCUCCCUCUCAACUCUCUCUCCUGCGCCUGAUGCUCCUGCAAGGGCUGCUGCAGCUGGGGCGCUGAACGCGGGAGGGUUUGGUGUGCCGGGCGCAGGAGGUAGCGGUGCGUUUGGGAGGCCCGUGGCUGUGGCUACAGGCGGGCUGCUUUCUGCUGGGGGAGUGGCGACCGGCUCAGGUACGGCAGCUCUGGUCAGUAGCAUUCGUUCAGUAGACUGGAGUGUGUCGGGGUCCCUUUCAAACGCCAGCGGAGGGAAAGUUGGUGUGGGAGGGGUUCUGGGAGGGGGUAUGGGGAUCUGGGGUGGUGGGACGUCUGGCUUUGCUGAUCAAAGCGUGUCCAGUGGGGCUCUGGGCGGUCUUGGGGGGGGCAGUGCAGGGGGCAUGCCUUCAAGCUCGGAGCCUGUUAGGGCGUAUGAUCUGUGGGGCCGCUCUGCCAUUGCCGUGCCAAGCUCUGUGGGCACUGCCUGGCAGCAGCAGCAGCAGCAACAGGGCGUCCCGUGGCAGCCAGAUUCCAGCAAGGAAGGGGAUGGAGGGGGCACUAAGGAGCACACAGGUGGGGUGGCGGAGGCGAGGGCAGGGCAGCAGGUUAAUGGGGGCGGGGAUAAGAAGGCUGCUGAUGCAGUGGAGGGGCAGGAGAAGGGGAGUGAGGCGCAGAAGACAGAAGUUGUUCAGGGGGGGCAAGAUGGUCAGGAAGGUGGGCAUGAGGAGCAGCGCAAGGGUAUGGAGCAAGGAGGUGGGCAGGGUGGGGAGGAGCAUGAGGCGGUCAAAGCUGCCAGUGAACCCACUACAAGACGGGAAGUCAUGGCGAAGCGCGUUGUGAUUGCGGGUGGUGGCAUUGCAGGGUCGCUUUUAGCCAAGCUCAUUGAGAAAGACGCUGAUGUGACGCUGAUUGACAGCAAGGACUACAUGGAAGUGCGCUGGGCCACGCCACGCGCCUUCGUGGAACCAUCGCUGGCGGAGAAGAUCGUGAUCCCGCACACGGCGUACCUGCACAAGGCCAAGGCCGUCACCGCGCUCAUCGCCGGCCUCUCUCUCGCCGCUGCGCCGGCACCCGCUAAGGCGGACGCCGACACAAAGGAGGCGAGCACCGACGAGAAGACAGAGGCGGCGGCUCCCGCGACUGAAACAGAGCCCAAGGAAGAGGUUAAGGAAGAGGCUAAGGAGGAGGGUAAGGAAGAGGCUACGGAAGAGGCUAAGGAAGAGGCUAAGGAAGAGGCUAAGGAGGAGGCUAAGGAAGAGGCUAAGGAGGAGGCUAAGGAAGAGUCUAAGGAGGAGGUUACGGAGGAGGCUAAGGAAGAAGUUAAGGAAGAGGCUAAGGAGGAGACUGCGGAAGAGAUUAAGGAAGAGGUUAAGGCGGAUGAGGCAACGGAGGAGGUAAAGGAGGAGGCUAAAGAAGAGGUAAAGGAAGAGCCUAAGGAAGAGGCUAAGGAAGAGGCUAAGGAAGAGGCUAAGGAGGAGACUAAGGAAGAAGCUAAGGAGGAGGCUAAGGAAGAGGUAAAGGAAGAGGUAAAGGAAGAGGCUAAGGAAGAGGCUAAGGAAGAGGCUAAGGAAGAGGCUAAGGAGGAGACUAAGGAAGAAGCUAAGGAGGAGGCUAAGGAAGAGGCUAAGGAGGAGGCUAAGGAGGAGACUAAGGAGGAGGCUAAGGAAGAGGUUAAAGAAGAGACUAAGGAAGAGACUAAAAAAGAGGCGAAGGAGCAGGCGAAGGAGGAGGCGAAGGAGAGUGCGAAGAAAGAGGAGGCCGUUAAGGAGAGCGCGAAGCCAGCGGCAGCAGCCGGCGAGGUGCUGCUAGCGGACGGCUCGGCGGUGCCGUACGACGUGCUGGUGAUCUGCACGGGCUCCGAGCCCUACACCACCACCACCCGCGACGACCGCCUCAAGUUCUACGCGCAAGAGAGCGAGAAGCUGAAGGCGGCGAAGAGCGUGGUGGUGGUGGGCGGAGGGCCGUCGGGCGUGGAGCUGGCCGGGGAGAUUCUCACGGACAUGCCGGGCAAGAAGAUCACCAUCGCCACCGGUGGCGCGCGCGUGUGCGAGUUCCUGAAGGCGAAGGGCAGCGACAAGAUCCUGUCGUGGCUGAAAGGGCAGGGCGUGGACGUGCUGCUGGGCGACCGCGUGCAGGCUUCCUGGGAUCAAUUCGGCAGCAGCGGUACGCUCAAGACGGACGCGGGCAAGGAGCUCACGGCGGACUAUGUGGCCAUCGCUGUGGGCGCGCGCCCUUACACCGCCUGGCUCACAGACGCCCUGGGCGCAGCAGUGGAGGAUGGGCGAGUGAAGGUGGACUCACACCUGCGUGUGGAGGGCCAUUCCAACGUGUUUGCCAUCGGUGACAUCACCAACAUCAAGGAGAACAAGCAAGGGUACUUUGCGCAGGAGCAUGCCCGCGUGGCGGCAUCCAACAUCCGCAAAGUGCUCAAGAGCAAUGGCAAGCCCACCACGCUCAAGUCGUAUUCCCCGGGUAUGGAUGUGGCCAUUGUCUCUCUGGGCCGGAAACAGGGCCUUGCGCAGCUUCCCUUUGGAACCUUCAUGGGGUGGGUACCCACCAACAUGAAGAGCAAGGGGCUCUUU